GCAGUCAAGUAGGCAGUGUUCGUUCAGACAGCCACUUUGAGUGUUGUGUAGUUUUAGACAAUUUCAUACUGGUACAACUGCAUUCAGGAUUACUGCAAAAAGAAGAAUGGAGAUGAGUGAGGAUAUUUAUGCAAAUACAGAAGUUGCUGAAGAAAACAGAGCUGAUUCCAGUGACUCUGACAAAUCCUAUGAAGAUGUUUAUAUGAAUGAGGACAAUUUAGCGACUCGGAAGGCCAGAAGCUUCGAGCAAUCUAAGAGCUCAGGAAACAACCAUGCAGGGAAUAAAUGUUACAGAUUGACUGCAGUGUGUCCGCUGCUGCUGUGUGUUCUCCUGCUGACUGCCAUCACAGUGCUGUGGAUCAAAUUCAACAGCGUGAAUACAGAAAACAACCAGCUACAGACCAGAUACAGCAACCUGACUAUAGAGAGAGACCAGUUAAAAUUAGAGAGAUACCAGUUACAAUUAGAGAGAGACCAGUCAGAAACCAGUUACAACAACCUGACUAUAGAGAGAGACCAGUUAAAAUUAGAGAGAUACCAGUUCCAAACUAGUUACCACAACCUGGCUAAAGAGAGAGACCAGUUACAAACCAGUUACAACAACCUGAAUACACAGAGAGACCAGUUACAGACCAGUUACAAGAAACUGACCAAAGAGAGAGACCAGUUACAGACCAGUUACAACAACCUGAACACAGAAAAAGACCAGUUACAGACCAGUUACAACAACCUGAACACAGAGAAAGACCAGUUACAGACCAGUUACAAGAAACUGACCAAAGAUAGAGACCAGUUACAGACCAAUUACAACAACCUGAAUAAAGAUAGAGACCAGUUACAGACCAAUUACAACAACCUGACUAAAGAUAGAGACCAGUUACAGAAGCAAAAAGUUGAACUUCAGGAAAAGUUGACUAAGUUGGGGUGGAUAUUCUUUAGCUCCAAGCCUUAUUACAUCUCCAGUGAGAGGAAGACCUGGACUGAGAGCAGACAGGACUGCAGAGGGAGAGGAGCAGACCUGAUGAUCAUAAACAGCAAAGAGGAGCAGGAUUUUGUGGAAAACUUGAGCAAGAGCAAGAAUUAUGGAUUUUAUAUUGGUCUGAGUGACCUUGAUAAUGAAGGAGUGUUUAAAUGGGUGGAUGGAACAUCAAUGACCACUGCGUACUGGUCAUCUGGAAAUGGUUUUUCAGAUAGUGAUGACUGUGUUGUAAACAGGUAUGAAGGAAGUGAUAGAUGGUUUGACAGACCAUGCACAGAAACUUACUACUGGAUCUGUGAAUAACUCGUCUCCAGUAACAGCAUAAGACCAUCAUUACAAUUACACACACACACAUACAGCAACUGUAGCCAUACUAUUGCAUUUAUGAUUGUUUUAUGAGUAAAAAUGUAUUAUCGCCUUUGCAAAAAAAAAAAAAAUCCAGUCAUCUUCAGAAUUAUUGGCACCCACCAUAAAGAAUGUCAAAAAACUGGAUUACACGAGGAUUAAUACUAGAAACAUGAGAGAAAUCUAAUAUUUAAUUAAAAAUUAAUACAAAUAUUAUAUAUAUAUAUAUAUACACGUCUUAGGUCUUAGGCACAUGCAAAGAAAGAUGCCUUCUAAAAUAAUGAAAUAAAAUGUUUCUACCUUAAAAAAUGCCAUAAAAAGCAGUAAACAGUAAUGAAUGAAACAAAGUCAAUAUUUGGUGUGACGACUCUUUGCAGCCACAGUUCUUCUGGAGACUUUCUUCUUAUUUUUGCAGCAAAACCCAGCAGCCUUCAUUACGUUUUUUUGUCUGAAAAGUGUCUCUUAUGUAAUUUGCUGCUUUCUUUUCCAACAUACAGACAUUUUUCUGUAACAUUUAAUUUUGUGCUGGAUAACUAAUGUUUUUAAAAUUGAAAAUGCUUGAUAACGUAAUGUCUUGAUAACAUAGAAGUCAUAAAAUAAAAAUCAAUAACAAAGUUUAUACUAAAAAAAUACUAUAAAGUACUGUAUAUAUUAACAAAGCCCCAUGUGUCACAAUUAUUGGCACCUCUAGAAUUUUUUAUGAAGAAAAUGCAUUUCUAUUUUUAUGCAUUUUAUAUUUUUUUUAGAAUUGAAUUGGGCAUUUGCAUUUAUAUUUACAUUUUCCAGUUCACCUGAGUGUUUAGGAACUCUUAAAGAGGUUGCCAAUUACUGUUUCACUGGGAUAUAAAUAUGAGGAGACAGAGGCCAAAAUCAAUUAUUCGUCUACAUGGCGAAGAUUCGAGAAAUGAAAUAAAAUGUGUUGACCUUCAUAAACCAUGCAAUAACUAUAAAAUGAAAUACAUGCCUGAAAAUGCCCAAUGCUUCUGCAUCUGACUGUAAAAAAAAGCACAGUUUUCAUUUUUAGAAUGAUUUUUGCUUUCAAAUAAAGUCAAGAUGAAUUUUUAUAUUUCAAAUGUGUGUACUUUCCAUUUGCCUGUGUACUGUUUGCAUGCAAUGUUUUAAAUACAUCUAAAGUGAUAUUUAUAAGAUAUUGCCAAUGAUCAUGGCACAUACUUCUGCAUUGUGUAUAUAUAGUGCUUGUGAAUAGCUUUAUUUAAAUAUCCUUAAAUAAUGUAGUGCCUUCUUUGUUUUGCACUUAUUG